AUGAAGCCUCGUGCGGAUGUGAUCAUUAAUACUUGGGUUCACGUUGUGGCGACUAGCAAGCAGGUGACGGAUGGGUGGGUUUCGGAUGAAAGUAUUCAAAAGCAAAUUGCAGUUAUGAACAACGCCUUCAAAGUCCGCAACUUCCAGUUCAAACUCGCGGGAACAACGCGCACAGUCAAUAAAGACUUAUCUAUCAUUCAGAAAGGAGAAAAGACGCAGAAGUUGGGCGAGAAGUUCAGGAAGGGCGAUUAUUCCACUUUAAAUCUUUACAUCGUUAAGGAUAUGCCUGGAAAUACGGCCGGGGAUUGCUCCCUCCCCCAAUCCAACCCCGGCACAGAGUACAAGUUCGAUGGCUGCCGUUUCAACUGGGACACGCUUCCCACCAAAUCCAACGGGCUUGUCGUUGUCCACGAAAUCGGCCACUGGCUUGGACUCUUGCAUACCUUUCAAGAAACCUCCGAUGGCACAACUGCAACUUGCACUCACGGACAUGGCGACAAGGUCGGUGAUACUCCUAUCCACUUGCGUCCGAAUGGCGUCGCAUGUGUGCCGGUGGAUACGUGUCCCGGAAAGAAGGGCGAUGACCCGAUUCAUAAUUAUAUGAACUAUACGCCAACGAGCUGCUGGACGAACUUUUCUGAUGGACAAGCCAAGAGAAUGCACAGUAUGUGGAAGCUGAGGGUAUCGAAGAAUUGA